GUCUUUCUGUAUUAUCGGAGAUCUAUUUCCUUAUAUAAAGCUGCAUUUGCUGUGAACUGGUGAACGCACCUUUCAAUUUAUAUUAAUUUUAAUUUCCAUCCUCCUUAUGUGGUCGAUAUUUUAUUCCUUUUUUGAAUGCAUUGUAUUCAUUUGUUGAGAUAUGGAAGAAAAGGCGAAAGAAGAUUUUGUCAACAUUUUGAGCAAAACAGAAAGGCAUUUUCAAAUACUACAUACCAAAUGGCAAAGUGACAUGAAAACUUUUGAGGCGAAAUUCAGGACUCAAAUACCUCCGGAUAAUGAAGAUCAUAAUUUUCUGUGCGAUGAAUGGGUUAAUUUAUUUUCUAGAAUAACAGACACUGUUUGGGCCAUGAAGAUAUCGAAUACAGGCCCAAAAAUUAGGUUUCGGAAGCAAUAUCAGUGCUGGACAGGAGGUGGAACAUUGGUCAAAAAGGAACUCUUAUUUGACCCAACAAGAUGUAAAGGAACAUUAGAUAUCAAGGUUUUAGCUGAUAAUACCUAUUCCAAAAGGACGAAUAGACAGAGAAAGCUGGGAUUGAAUAUUGUAGUUAAAAUGAAUUUCCAUCACCUACAUGAAGUUGACACCACACCACCUUUUUCAUUUUUUGUUCAUCAUUGCUUGCCUCAGCAGACUCCACCCCAGAGGCCUAUAAAACCCAAUGAAAGACUUCCAGAACUCGUAGCAGCUAUGGUUCAAAGUGGCCCCAGCGUUUCGAGAAAAACAGCUGCCCGAGCAAACGAAAUCAUCGGAAGGCUCGAUAAUCAAAAUAAACCCAACCAGUUUGUGAUAAACUAUGAGGAAAAUAUUUUACAGACUGUUGCUCAUACGGAUUCCCCAAACGUAGAGGAAACAGAACCUGACUUGGGCCAGAGUACAACAUUUCAAAAUAUGGAGCCCGUUAAGUUCGAUGUACUUGGCACUUACGAUAAGUGUACUCAGUUUGUUCUGAAUCCUAUGAAUAAUGUUAGCCAACUAGAUGCUGGUGAACAGUUUCUGAUGUAUCCACUUGUAUUUGAAGUACCCCAGAUUGUUACAAUCAGUACACAAAGUUUGCCCCCUCAAUUUGUACAUAUACUUCCUAAAAGUGAAAACGAUAAUCAGAAUCUUAUGUAAUUCUUUUGUAGUUUGAAGAAUUACAUAAUUAUGAAUGUCUUUUAUCAUAAACGUAUAUAGAAUGACCUUCAAAGGACCCCACACACUUCUUAUGAAUAAUGUCUUUAAGUCGAAUUACUUGAAAUUUUGGUGAGUUUUUAACUCAAUCUAUAGAUCGAAAGUAACCACUGACAAAAAAUUGUAUGCAUAGUUUUAGGAUAUCAAAGUUGAAAAAUGUUGAUAUCCAAAAAACAAGCAGUGCUUUUGAAAACCAGAACUUCAGUUCGCGACCUAUUAAGUUGGCGUCUUCAGAAGAUAAAGUAGACUAUUUCCUAACCCUAAUUCUGGCCUAUUUUUUUAUCUAACAGGUUAUAUUUUCAUUAACAAAUAGACAAAAAAUUUUAUUGUUGAAGUUUUCACUAAUUUGACCAGAUUGAUUCAUAUAAAGGUAGACAAUGACCUGUUUCGAUUAUGACUUUCAUCACUGUCUCAUGUCACAUUCCAUUUCCCGACUUUCGAAAGCAUCCAAAAGUAUAGUGUCAUUUACCCAUCUCAAAUGUUUUAGAAAACCCAUACUUAUCCGAUUUCAGAAUCAGAUAAGUGCUUUGUGUUCUUUGAAGAGUCUUGUAGCUUGUUUAGUCUGACCAAUGUACAUAAUCUUGUGAAGAAACGAAGAAAUCAAUUAAUUUCAAAAGGAACUCUUUACAAAGAUGUGCGGUUCAUGCAAAGAAGUAAGUUUCAGCCACGAACUGGAAGAGAAAGCCCUAUCGAAAUAA